AAAAGUUGUUUGCAAAAUUCUCCAAAUGCGAGUUCUGGCUUCAGCGAGUAUCCUUUCUGGGUCAUGUGAUUACACAGGCAGGUAUCGAGGUGGAUCCUUCCAAGGUCUCAGCCGUUCAGAACUGGUCGACACCGAGGAGUCCGUCCGAGGUUCGCAGUUUUCUCGGUUUAGCUGGUUAUUACCGCAGGUUCAUCGAGGGCUUUUCCAAGAUCGCCCUCCCUCUUUCCCAGCUGACGAGGAAGUCUGUGAAGUUCGAGUGGACUGAUCGAUGUGAGGCGAGCUUUCAGGAGCUCAAGAUGAGGUUAACUUCAGCACCGGUGUUGGCUAUUCCUGAUCCUUCUCGGAGUUUCACUAUCUUCAGCGAUGCUUCGAGACAGGGCUUGGGAUGUGUCCUUAUGCAGGACGGCCAGGUCGUUGCGUAUGCUUCACGUCAGCUUAAACCGCAUGAGCAGAACUAUCCGACGCACGACUUGGAGUUAGCAGCAGUCGUUCAUGCUCUCAAGAUCUGGCGACAUUAUCUUUACGGCGGACGUUGCGAGAUUUUCACAGAUCAUAAGAGCCUGCAGUACAUCUUUACGCAGAAGGAGCUUAAUAUGAGGCAGCACCGUUGGCUUGAGCUUGUCAAGGAUUAUGAUUGUUCUAUUCAGUAUGAUCCGGGAAAGGCGAACGUCGUCGCAGAUGCUCUAAGCCGAAAGGUGAAGGGUGACUUGAC